AUGCACAUUACCCUCACCGCAUUGUUUCUAGGGGCAGCAGUUGCUGUGGCAUCUUCCGCCGCCCAGAACACCAGCAUUGUCGAAGCAACUAUAGAGCAACUUCACGAUGCCCUAAAAUCAGGUCGAAUUAACUCGGUCCAGCUGGUCGCCAAGCAUCUUCACCGGAUCGCGCAGUAUGACCGCCGCGGACCACAUCUCAAUUCCAUUCCCGUCAUCAGCCCUGACAUUUUUGAGCAAGCCCUCGCCGCUGAUGAGCGCUACGCAAAAGGGUGUCCGCGAUCUAUUCUUGAUGGAUUACCUUACACAGCCAAAGACAGCUACAUGGUCAAGGGAUUGACCGUUGCGUCUGGCUCUCCUGCAUUUAAAAACCUGACAGCUUCAGAGGACGCUUUUACUAUAUCUCAGCUGAGGAACGCAGGCGCCGUGUUCCUCGGCUUGACUAAUAUGCCGCCCAUGGCCAACGGUGGGCUGCAACGAGGAGUAUACGGCCGAGCAGAAAGCCCAUAUAACAAGGACUAUCUGGCUGCGGCCAUGGGUUCAGGCUCAUCUAACGGCUGUGGCGUCUCAACAGCUGCAAGCAUGGCAGUAUUUGGCAUGGCCGAAGAAACUGUAUCAUCUGGGAGAUCACCAGCGUCUAAUAAUGGUCUGGUGGCGUACACUCCGUCUCGCGGCGUCCUUUCCAUCAGGGGUAACUGGCCGCUCAUUCCGGUUGCAGACGUGGUGGUUCCGCAUACUCGGUCCGUCAAGGACAUGUUGACGUUGCUCGAAUUCCUGACAGUGAAAGACGAGCGGACAGAAGGUGACUUUUGGCGAAUGCAAAAGUUUGUUCCUCUGCCUGACGCUGAAAAGGUUCGCCCUACGACUGCACUGGCCAGAGCAGAUUCGCUCAGGGGAAAACGUAUUGGUGUUCCGCGCAUGUUUAUCGGCGAGAAGGAUCCGGCGGCGCAGAAAAUUUGGGUUAAUCCUCAAGUUCGACGGCUUUGGGACCAAGCACGCGUUACGCUUGAGGGAUUAGGAGCUAUAGUCGAAGAGACUGACUUUCCGCUGGUUACGAAUCAUGAAGUUACGCCAACGAAUAUCCAGGUCAAGACCGAGUAUCCCUUGCCAGCUUACUUCAAUGGCAGUGCUGGGCCGGAAGGACUCAUAGGGUACGGCUGGGACGACUUUCUGCGCUUGGUCAACGACACGGUAACCGGCACGAAGCUCAUUGACGUUGAUCCUCGUCUUAUUGCUCCGCAGCCGCCGGGAACAAUCCUUGACAGACCUGGUAAUCGAUUCAAUAACAGGACAGUUUCCAACUAUGUCACAAUAAUGGCUGUUGAGAACCGAACCGAAUCCAUGUCCAUCCUCGAUCUUCCAGGGUUGGAAGCGUUUGUCAAAGAGCUAGAGGCUCGUCGCAAGAGAGAUCUGGAGCAAUGGAUGGAGAAGAAGAAGCUAGAUGCCGUGGUUUGGCCAGCAGUAGGUGACGUUGGGCCCCAGGAUGCCGAGACAAACGAGGAAGCAGCGCAGUUUGCAUGGCGAAAUGGCGUCGCCCGGUCCAAUGGCAACUAUGCCAUUCGCCAACUUGGUGUACCAACCGUAACGGUUAAUAUGGGUUUCAUGGAGGAAAAGAAAAUGCCGGUUGGUCUGACAUUUGCGUCCAAGGCAUACGAUGAUGACCGUCUUUUCAGCUACGCGUUUGCGUUUGAGGCGGCGCAUCGUCAAGCACGGGUUGCUCCUCCUCGAACACCCGGUUUGUAUGCGGAUUAUAUUCCUGGGAAGCCUCAGUUUAUUGCGGGCCGUGAGGCACCAGAGCUAUCUGCAGAAGUUGAGAGACUCUCUGACAAUACGCUGCGUGUAUUUGGGAAAGUGAUUGCCGCCAAGGACGCUGAGAUUGAAGUUUUCGUUGAUGGAGUGUUGGCAAGACCCGUGGAAAUUGUGAAGAACAAAUGGAGCGUGACAGCAAGUGUUGUGCCUCCAAAUGAGCCGUCUCCCUACGGAGGUAUAACAGUUCCGGAUAAUAAGUUGGCCAUGGUUGUGGUUGUUUGUACAGCAUGGGGACGAUCGGUUGGAAAGUUGUUGUUUGCGUAA